AUGGAUGCACAAGAGUGGAUGAAAUCUACAAUAAGAGGCUUUAUGUGUCUGUCUGGGAUUAUUGGCAACAACUGGCUGGGUUUUCGCUCUCUGCCGAAAUCCAGAUCUCAGCUCCGAACCAGUGACGUCCUAUUUGUCAACUUAGCUUUAUCCAAUCUAAUCACAAAUUACAUGGUGGACUUGCCGGACACCCUGGACUUUACAAACAACUUUUUGUUGGGCAAGAGGUAUUGUGGUGCUUUCAAUUUUUGCUCAGACCUCUCAGAGACCAGCAGCAUCUUCACCACCCUGUUCAUCACUGUGUUCUGGCAUCAGAAGCUUGUGGGCUCUCUAAAGCGUGGAGGGGCUCCUGCGCAAAUGGACAACAUACGCCUUGUUGCAGCAUUGCUGGCUGUGAGCUGGAUUGUAGCUGUCGUGUUCAGCAGUCCCCAUUUCUUCUUUGCCUCUGAGAAGAACGGGAACAAGACUGCAUUGAAGUGCAUGGAAGACUUUCAUUCUCAUGAAGCCAAGCAAACCUACGAGCUCCUGUACCUUAUAUGUGCAAACAUUGCUCCCAUUCUCGGGAUUUUUUUCACCAGCAUCCAGAUUACAAUUACUCUGCUGCAGAUUGAGAAGCGAACCAAGGUCAACAAAGGAGGUAACACUUUAGCCAAGAAAAGCAAAAACGUGCCAACAGAUUCUGCAGGAUGCCCACAAAGACCACCAGAAGCAGUUCUCAGGUCCAACGCUGUGGCCCCCAGCCAUGUACCAGGUGUCCAAACUUCCCAUGCCAGAUCCAGCUCAUCUUCAGGAAGUCUGCUGAGGGCUGCCAAGAGCGUGGUAGCAGUGGCCACUAUUUUCCUGAUCUGCUGGUUCACUCACCUCGUUCUCAGCAUAAUCAGCACUGUUAAGGAGUCCAGUCUGGUGGUGGAAUUCGCCAGUUACAUAGGAGCAGUUUACACAUGUAUCAUCCCUUACAUUUACCUGUAUGGGGUGAAGAAGCUGAAUUGUUCCUGCAGAGGCUGA